AUGAGGCAAGGUUGGGACGUGGCGGACACCCUGCAUGCAUUUCUCUUGUCAAAACGAAGCAGAAACUCGCCGGUCUUAUUCCACUCCCCCCCCCCCGAGGUACAGACAAAUCUCUGCCUGCUGCCCUCCCAUCUCUCCUUCGUCCCCCAGAUGUUCUCUUUCUGUGAAGGGAUCUCUGCCUGUUUCCAGCCCCUCUGCCCCGGUCUCAGCAGGCUACUGGGCAAAGCUGGCGCAGCGGAUCGGGCCUUCGCCAUCUCUUCAAGGAAGCUGAGAAAGAGCAGCCGGGGUGGGAGUGGCGGCGCCGGCAGCUUCCUCUGCUAG